UUCAUUGUUCACUAUUCACCAUACCCAUUUUCCAGUAUGGUGGUUGUUCUAAGCUUCCAACCCCUUCACUUUCAUUCCCCUCAGCUUCCCAAAACCAAAACCCAUUACGGCUUGGGAGUGGCGCGGUGUGGGAUAGCCGAGCCGUCGGGGAAGCCGGCUCCGUUCGGUGAGAAAACGAAAUACAAAGAUGGGUUGUUUGAGAAGGGUUUCAUGAGUCUGUUCGCUAGGAAAAUGGGUAAAUUCGCGGCUAAGGAGAAGAAAACAGAGAGAGAAUCAUCAAAAGGGUUUUGGGAUUAUGACUAUGAUUCUUUUGUUGAUGUUUCUAAGAGAGUAAUGCAAGGAAGGUCUCGUCUUCAACAACAGGAAGUUGUUCGUGAGGUUCUCUUGUCUAUGCUUCCACCUGGUGCACCUGCUCAGUUCAGGAAAUUAUUUCCACCAACCAAAUGGGCUGCAGAGUUCAAUGCAGCAUUGACUGUUCCUUUCUUUCAUUGGCUAGUUGGACCUUCUGAGGUUAUAGAAAUUGAAGUCAAUGGGGUGAAGCAAAAAAGUGGAGUACUUAUAAAGAAAUGCAGGUACUUGGAGAAUAGUGGAUGUGUUGGAAUGUGUGUGAAUAUGUGCAAAAUUCCAACCCAAGAUUUCUUCACUAAUGAAUUUGGCCUUCCAUUGACCAUGACACCAAAUUUUGAAGAUAUGAGUUGUGAGAUGGCUUAUGGUAAAGUUCCACCCCCAUUUGAGGAAGAUCCAGUGUCAAAACAGCCAUGUUUUUCUGAAAUAUGUUCAAUGGCUAAUCCCAGCUCUAGCAUUUGUCACAAGUUACAAGCAUGAGAAUAUAUCAUAUAUUAUUUAUAUAUACACACAUAAACUAUUUUUUGGUUGAAUCAUAAUACCAACACAAAAUAUAUCUUAACAAUAUGUACAUGUCAAUUAAAUAAGUCCAUGCAGUUUUAAAUUCUAUUAUUUUGUAUAUAUAGAGAAAUAUUAAAGAGCAUCUAUAGUGCCUAAUACAACACUAUUGGUGUAAUUUAAUAUCAAAUCUUAUUUAGUUUUAUAGAAAACUGUUAACUAA